CGCGAAGAAGUACCUGACCUGAAGUAUUGAUCUUCACAUUAGCAAAAAAUUAGUUCAAUAAAACUAUACUUCAAAUGUUGCUGACACUCAUUUUUGCGAGAAUCGUGUUCGCCCUACCAACUCCGGAAAACAAUGAAUCGGAUGGCCAAAUUUCUAGAAAAGUUCUUGGAUCAAGUGUGGUUACAUCAGUCUCCGUCAUCAUGGACAGUGGUAAUGGUUCUCAAACCCUCUUUGCUGACGCAGUCGGAAAGCCUAUGACGAAGCCUUCGGCAGCGACCCAGUUAGCAAGUCCUAUAAACCUCUUAAACCCUGAUCGAUAUGAGUUUUACACGUUUGAUGACAGCGGAGAUCUUGUGAGAAGAUUAAUGACACUAGACGAGAUUCAAGGAAUUAUAGCCAGCGGGGACGGAGAUGCGACAAAUUAUAACUCGCAACCCCUCCUUACGCUUCCUGAACAACGCGUGGACGACGUCAUCAACAACGUUCAAAACGUACUGAAAGAAGAAAUGGAAGCUCACAAACCAUCACCCGAUAGUAAUCCUGAUUUCGAAAAUCCAGAUGGUACUUCUACGUGGAAUUUAAUCUUGCCUGCACUUUUUGGAAAUCCUGCUAACUUCGUACCAGACCUAAUUGCUGAAACCUUGCCACUCAGUAGCACCGAGGGUAUCCCUACUACAACAACCCAAACGGCGACCACACAAAAGAACGUUCCAACUGAAACAGUAAUAUUAGGUACAAAAACGGAAAGUACGAACUUGCCCGACAGGGAAAUUCCAAAUAGUGGUGGAACCACUGAAACGGUGAAAAAGCCUGUGUCGACCACUUUGACGUCCUCAAUAGAGUAUACCACAAGCGCACCUUCAACUAUAACGUCGACAUCAGCAAUUCAAACUACUGAACAAUCUGAAAGAAUAAACACCGUAUUGACACAACAUUUGGAUAUAUCAACGGAAAGUACGAACUUGCCCGACAGGGAAAUUCCAAAUAGUGGUGGAACCACUGAAACGGUGAAAAAGCCUGUGUCGACCACUUUGACGUCCUCAAUAGAGUAUACCACAAGCGCACCUUCAACUAUAACGUCGACAUCAGCAAUUCAAACUACUGAACAAUCUGAAAGAAUAAACACCGUAUUGACACAACAUUUGGAUAUAUCAACGGAAAGUAAUCAACGUCCUUCGCCUUUUACUUUACAACCAACUACUCUCUUUGAGAAGGAUCAAGCUACAACCACACCAGUUAUUUUACAAUUGUCAACUUUGGAAGCUACGAGUGAAAUUACUACUACCGAAGACAAUGAUUUAAGGCAAGAAUCAACCCCCUUGCCUGCGAUUACCAAUACUAAAGAGCAUCUUUCUAACACUAUUGCAAAUGAAAACUUUAUCAUCUCUACUACACCCGCCGAUGCACAUCCCACGAUAUCACUAAACCUUAACGGAGAUCGGGAAGAAUCUACCACCGCCGGAUUGACAACUGCUGAAGAGAAUUCUUCACAAUACACAACCAACAAAGAAAGCGCGACAGAAUCAAUUAUUUCCACAACGAUACAAACAGAGACGAUAGAAAAUUUAAUCAUUGACGAAAGUACAACCGCUCUUCCACCAUCCACCACAACUGCAUGGACGGAAUCUCCCAAACUUGUUCCGACUCUGGGGACAACUACAGGGAAUUUAGAAUCUCUGACUGAAAGCAACAUUGUAACCGAAUCGCAGUCGUCUCUAGAAAAUAUAGACAAUACAACAGAUAUCAGCAGUACGAUCCCAGAAGGCACAGCAUCUACUAGCUUUUCUAAUUUUGAAACGUCUACAGUCAUUGCAUCCGCUACCACAGAUAAUUCCAACUAUGAUAACGAUCUUAGUACAACGGCCAUGUACGAAAUCAUUAGUACUAAUGGGUUUGAAAUGGAAGAAAAAUUAAGUACGACCGACAAUGUAAAGUCAGAAUCUACAACGUUGAAACCUAACCCAAUCACAGAGGAUAAGGUUGAGUUUGACCAAAACAUGAAUAAUGCGGUUGACAACCUCAUCUUUCAAAUGAUUAAUCGGGACUCAAAUCAAACUACAAUCGCGAAUCCAUUGUCAACAGAAAAUGAUAUUACUCAAGGAACUACCACAAUAUUAUAUGAAACAACUACAACGAGUUUUAUCAACGAGAAUGCUGACAAAAAUCGUUACGAGGAAAUUGACUUAGACAACAUGGAAAAUUCGACAACGGUGGACUACGAAAGUAAAAAUAGUCUGAUCUUACAAAACAUGGAAGAAAGUAGCACCACGUUUAGAGAAUUAACCAGCACGGACGCUAACACUGAUGCCACCACUGAGCCCAUACUUAGUACGACCGUGAAUAUUCCUUAUAAUAAUUUAAAGACUGACUCAAUUGAAUUAGAGAAUUUAGGAGGUACUACAGCAUCGCAAGAAAAUGCGAAGCUCACUAGCGCACAAACCGUUGCCGAACUCUCAGACAAUCGGACCGAAGUUUAUUAUCUAACAGAGCUUUCUUCUACGCAAACUUCGGACGCUUCCACAACACAAUCGUUCACUUCAACGGAAGUAGAAGUGACAACACCAGUGAUAGCGGAAUCGACGCAAUCGUUUGAAGAAAAUGUGACAAUGGUUCAAACAGAAAUUCCGACAACAUCGCAAACGGUUGAAUUCGUUACCGUCGAAACAGUGACGGCACCAUCCCCAAAAGUCGAAAAACCUGAACUGCACAUUAUUAAUCGCACAGUUUCUACAACUCCCAAGUCUGACACCACAUGGACACUUGUUUCGACAGUCUUGCCUCAUAGAACAACCACAGGCAAUGAUCAAGAGAAAUUACAGCUCAACUCGGUCACCUCGGUGGAUUUGGUUCCCAAGCCUCUUCAAGGUUUUGGGCUCGCAGAUAGUACAUCCGGACUGAACACCGACGUGUUUCAGUUUACGGAACUUUGCAACGAAUUGGCGUUUAGUUUUUGGAACUCGGUGACCAGCGGGAUAAGCUUCGCGAGGAGCGUUGUCGUUUCGCCUUUCGCGGCCACUUCCAUUUUGGCGAUGGUAUUUUUGGGAGCGCGUGGAGCCACCUCAGGCGAAAUGAAUGACAUUUUAAAAUUGGACGAUAUGGUUACUUUCAACCCGCACGCAGUUUUCAAGAACGUCGUUGAUUCGAUUGAGGUUUCCAAAAAAUCGGGUGUGGCGAAUUCGGUAUUCGUUAAGGAGUUGUAUAGCGACAAAAAUAAGGGGAAGCUUCUCAAUUUUUAUAAGGAACGUGUGAAACAGUUUUACGAUGGACACGUUGAAGAGGUUAACUUUAAGGAGAUUAGUGACGUGAUCAGGCGUAGAACGAAUUUGUUGGUUAAAAGACAAACUUGGGGAAAGGUGACGGAAUAUCUCAAAGAUAACAACUUGUCUGUAAGGCCACCUCUAGCUGCUAUUAGCGCGAAUUUAUUCCAGACGGACUGUUCAGAGGCAUCGGUUAACGGUCGAGAUGGCGAACUGCAUUUCGUAGUUCUACCAUCAAUACGGCAAAGAAAAUUAGUACCAAUCCCUGCAGUUGUGUGGAGGGCUGGAUUUUUAGCUGGUUAUGAACCUGGAUUAGAUGCGACAGCGGUAGCAAUUGGGAGGAAAGAUCAAACGAUCAGUACGAUAUUUGUUAUACCCGGACAGCAAGGUAUCGCCGCGCCUGGAGACGGCCUGGCGCGUUUGGAGACGCGUUUGAUCGAAAGUGCGUUCAAACAGAACACCUGGGCGCGCUUGCUACGAUCUCUGAUACCACGCCCUGGGCUAGAAGUGCAAAUUCCUCGAUUUUCUCACAAAUCCGUUAUCAACGCUACGGCAGCUCUACAACGGAUGGGCUUACGAGACCUUUUCAACGCCCACACGGCGGAUCUUAAAGGUCUAAAUGGAGUCGCUCAUGAGCUGUAUUUAUCAGACAUAAUCCAAGUGAACACUUUUGCCACGUGUGGGGAAAAUAAAAUUGACGAAACGCACCAUUCGGAGAUAUACCCGGCCACUACUAACCGCUCAUUCCGUAGAGUGAGAAAAAUUCCCCAAUUCGGUAACUACGAAAACAGUGAUUUGGCAGAUGAACCCAGAGACUACCAAAGAGCUUUCCACGAUCCACUUUACAAUCCAUCCUACCUAUCGUUGCCUUUACAGUUUCGACCCAGACAAGCCAGAUUACCCGACGCGCCCAGGUUGAGAUUCGACAGACCGUUCCUAUACUUUGUCCGACAUAAUCCUACAGGUCUCCUACUACACAUGGGAAGAUUUAAUCCCAGGUUACUGCCAUAGUUAGUAAUAGUUGUAUAGCGAAUUAAGCCUCUUUCCAGUAUUUCCACUUUUGUAAAUAAUCUCUUUAGUAAACUAUUUUGAAGUACUGAUUUAAAAAACUGCCAAAAAUGUGUAUACUAUAUUAUAAUAGAAAAGUUCCUUGGAAAGGUCCUUCUAUAUACUAUUUCAAUUUGCAUCUUUAACUAAUGUGAUUUUACUAAUGUCUCUACUCUAAGGGUGAUUGUGUACCAUUAUAUCAAGAUUUAUUUUCUCCCAUAUACGUAACUUUUGUACUGUAAUAUAGGUAGUGAUUAAUUUAUUUAAUGGCAAUGUAAUAUAAUUAAGAGGGAACAUUUUGCAUUUUGUAAUAUUGCUUCGGUACAAAAUUUCGAUAUUACAAUGUGCGACAUUAAAUGUGCGUUUAAAUUU